AGAUCUAAAACAAAUACUGAUAGUCAUUCAUUAAUUAAUUAUUAGAAUUACUUGACUACCAACUGGGUAUUUUUAUUGCCAAAAUGCAAUGUAUUUUAUGUGCAUUUAUUAAAAACAACAACCAAAAAUUAAGCGUUCGACGCAACUAGAUCUAAUAUUAAUAAUAUAGAUUCUAGUUCUAGAUCUAGAUCCAGAAAGCUACUUCUCUAAUUCAGUUUUCUAGUUUAAUUCUAGUUAGAUCUAGAUGUCUAGACCAGUAGAUCUAAAUCUAGCCAGGGUUUUUGUCAUGGCGACUCAUGGAAUAGAUCUAUAACUCUGCAGCCGCCUACUCAUAGUGAUCACGAUAUGACACUGAGACUGAAUGACAGAUGACGAGAUACUAUUCUGACUAUUCUUGAGAUACUCUCUCUACUUCAUAGUACUUCUAUAUAAUUAAUAAUAUAUAUAGUUUUAUUAUUGAUUAUAGAUCUACAUCUAUAUAUAGAUCUAGAUCUAGUAAUUUUAGAUCUAGUAGAUCACAGUAAAACUCAAUGUGUACUUCCGACUUAAGCUCAACAAGUCUAAAUUGCACGAAAUAAAAAUAAAAAUAGGCCUAAUACUAAUAGACUAAUACAGUGUUGACACUCCAAGCUACGCAUUUCUAGAUCUAUUCGUUUUUUUAUUAUUUUUAUCGAAAGGACUAGGCUAUAGGCAUACACGUCUCGUGGGAAACAGAAAAAGUUCAUCUCGAAUUAAGAACAAACGGAGACGAAAAGUGUUUGCCUCAACAGAUUUCUGAUAUUGUGUUUAGAUCUAGACUCUUCUGAUUUAGAAUGACUUAGAGUUAAAUAGAUCUCAUCUAUGAUCUACUAGUAAAGUCUAGUAUUAUUAUGACCUAUGAUCUACUUAAUUAACUACAAUCAUUUCACAUUUGACUUGAGUAUUUUGACUUGACUAGAUCUAGAUCUAGUAACUAGUCGCUCUAGAUCAUCAUCAUCAGUGUUCAAGAAAUUUUAUUUCAAUCUCUGGAAAUGGGUGGUGCUAAUUGUGCCAUUGUGGGAUGCACUGCCACAAGAAGUAGUUGCAAAGGCUUGUCCUUUUUUAAGCUACCUAAAAUGGAUAAAACACCAGAAAAAGAUCAAUGGAGAAGUCAGCUGAUAUCAUGUAUAAAUAGAUCCGAUAAAGGGUUUAAUCCUAACAGGGCAACAAUUUGUUCAAUACAUUUCAAGCAGACUUGCAUCAAAACAGGCACCACUGGAAAAAAAUUCCUUAUACCUGGAAGUCUUCCUACAGAGUUGAUGCCUACUGUUGAAACGCACAAACAGAUACACAGGAAUCCACCAGUGGAACGUUCGUCGCCUGCCUUGGCUCAGAAAGUUGCGUAUUACUCUUUUAAGGAAGUAAAAGCAGAUGCAGCCCUCAUUAAUCUUCCUUGGUGCCUCAUUGAGAAUUCCGAAAACGCCGUUGUAUUUGGACUUUUUGAGACUGAUACAUCUCAUUUAAAAUAUAAAGUAUUUUUUAAACUUGAUUUUAUGACAGAUAUUCAUAUUGUUGGUAUUCCAGCACCAAAUCUAUCACAAAGUUAUGAGGGAGUAAAAAUUAAAAGUUAUCUUGAUAUUAUUUUAUCGAAAUCCAUUUGUCCUGGUAUAAGGCAAAAACAUUUGCAAGCAUUAGCUAGUCUUCCAGAAAAAAAAGAUCAAACCUAUUUCAGACAUAUUUUAAACAAGACAGAUUUCGGAACAAAUAACUUUUAUCAUUUUUCAAUUAUCCGAUCUCGGCAUUGUUUGCUUCUUUCUGAUGGCAUAUGCACACAUUGCAAAGAUUCUGAACGUUUACUACAGAAAAAGUGGAAUAGAGCUGAGAUGAGCAAGAAAACUCCAUUAAAGUUGAAUUGUUCCAUGAACUCAACAUGCCCUUUAAAAUUAAAAGAUAGACUUAAAAAUAGCAGACAAGAAAAUAAAAUUUUGACCAAAAAAAUACAAAGCUUUAAUGCAGUCCUCAAAAAAAAUUAUAUUGAACUUAGAGAGGAUGUACACUUAGGCAUUCGAAAAGUAAUAGAAAAUGCUGCCAUCACAGAUCCGUUGUCUCAAUUGUUUUGGGAAGAACAAAAAAAAGCAUUUGACUCUAAAUCAUUUGGGAUGCGUUGGCAUCCGACUAUGUUAAGACUGGCAAUUUUAUUACAUAGUAGGAGCCCAACAGCUUACCAAACAUUGAGAAAAACUGGUGUACUAAAACUUCCAGGUGAAGCAACCAUUCGAGACUAUACAAAUGCCAUUCAUCCUAAAACUGGAUUCAAUUGUGAAGUAAUAGAUGCAAUUAAACAAGCAACUAAGGAUUUUGAUGAACAUGAGCGCUUUGUAAUUUUACUUCAUGAUGAGAUGGCUAUAAAAAGUGAUCUUGUGUAUGAUCAGCGAAGUGGGGAAGUUGUUGGGUUUGUUAAUAGUGACAAUGUAAAAGAAAGCUCAUCAUACCAACUUGCUACCCAUGUACUUGUAUUUUUUAUUGUAGGAAUUAAUACAAAUUUAAAAAUGAGUUUAGGAUAUUUCGGGACACAAUCUGCAACACCCUUGGAUCUUUAUACUAACUUUUGGAGAGCUGUUCAAAAUUUAGAAAAUCAUUGUGGGCUCAAAGUGAUUGCUUCAACAUGUGACAAAGCUUCUGCCAAUGUCAAACUCCAUCAGUUACAUGAUUCUCAAAUUGAUAGCACUAUUUGCUUUAAAACCAUAAAUCAUUGUGCGACAGACAGAUUUAUUUAUUUUCUUUCAGAUGUUCCACACUUACUUAAAACAGUUCGAAAUAACAUUUUUAAAUCAGGUUAUGGCAAAUCUAGACUGCUAUGGAACAAUGGAAAUCACAUUGUCUGGAGUCAUAUUGUUGACUUGUACAAUAGAGAUAUAACAUCAGACCUCUUUAGAACACAUUUAACAUCAGAUCACAUAAAUCUGACAUCACAUUCAAUUAUGAAUGUACAACUUGCAGCACAGGUUCUCAGCAAAACUGUAGGUUCAGUCAUGCAAGCAUAUGGUUCAAAAGACAGUCAAGAAACAGCAAAGUUUAUUUUAUUAAUGGAUCGUUUUUUCGACUGUAUGAACACCAGAUCACUAUCUGAAGCUCAUUCUGUAAAUAAGCCAGAUCUUCUACCGUACACAAAUUGUGAUGAUCCUCGUUUUGAGUUUUUAAACAAUGAAUUUGUAAAGUAUUUAAAUGAUUGGAAAAGCUCUGUGGACAAGAGAGAAGGACCAUUUAGCAUAAGUCAAAGAAAUAAAAUGUUUUUGAGUCAUCAAAGUUACAAGGGUCUUGUGAUGACUGUUAAUGCCUUUACUGAAGCUACUAGAUAUCUAUUACAAAAUGGUGUAAAAUAUGUACUUAGCAACAGAUUUUGCCAAGAUCCUCUUGAAGAACAUUUUGGUAGGCAUAGGUGUUUAGGCCACACAAAUGAAAAUCCGAAUCUGUGGAGUUUUGGUUACCAAGAAAACAAACUUAGGCUUCAAAGAAAUUUAACACUGGCUUUUCAGCCACGGGGAAAUGUCCAAUCCCACCACAUUUAA